GUGCAUCCCCAUCCCCCACACGGUGGCCGUCUCUCCGGGUGAAAGCUGUCUUCCCAGCGCCACUGGCCCGACAAACCGCUGCCGAAGCAGAGCCAGUCCGCACCGACCUGAGGCAGAGCAACACACACACGGGACAGAGAACGUUCGCACACGGGGAAUCUUUUGUUGUUAGACCGAGUGGCUUUGAUUUGCAUAUCCACUUCCACUUCCUCAUUUGCAUACAGCAAGAAUGGCGAGCGGGCAUCCCACAGACAAAUUCAGUUUCAUGUAUCAACCAGACACGCACAAGAGUAAGAACAGGUUAUCUUCAGCUAUGAAUCCAGUCUACAGCCCUGUUCAGCCUGGCACCCCAUACGGGAACCCUAAGAACAUGGCCUUUACAGGCUAUCCAGGAGGGUAUCCUGCCACAGCUCCCACCUAUACACCCAACCUCUAUCAAACAGGCAGUCCUGGGUAUCCACCAGGAUACACUCCAGCAGGCACCCCAUACAAAGUGCCCCCUACCCAAUCUAAUGGAGCACCCCCGCCAUACACUCCAACCCCCACCCCAUACCCAACAGCUAUGUACCCCAUCCGCAGUGCCUACCCUCAGCAGAACCUUUACGCACAGGGAGCAUACUACACCCAGCCAGUGUAUGCGGCUCAGCCACACGUGAUUCAUCACACCACUGUGGUGCAGCCCAACAGCAUCCCCUCCACAGCCCUCUACCCAGCCCCCGUCCCUGUACCUGCUCCUCGCAACAACGGCAUGGCUGCCAUGGGAAUGGUAGCUGGGACAACCAUGGCCAUGAGUGCAGGAACCCUCCUGACAACGCCCCAGCAUGCACCAAUUGGAGCACACCCUGUUACUGUGCCAACCUACAGGCCCCAAGGGACACCUGGGUACAGCUAUGUACCGCCUCACUGGUAGAGCCCACCCAUCAUAUCUGGAGUCCAUCAUCGUAUGCAACUGCUCAAAUCUUACAUGGGCUCCCACGGGUAACCAUGGGACCUCGGCACCUGUCUGCAAGAACAAAACUAAAGUGCAACAGCCACUUUACUAUUAUUGUUAUUAUUAUGCGACAUUCUCUAACGUUUUUACAAAAGCUGCUUUACAUUUUAUUUUCCUGUUCAUUUGCCAACCAGUCAUUAGUUAUUUGUGUGGGUAUUUUAUUUUAUUUUUUUCUCAUUUUUAUUUGCCGUGUCUGUCAUUGGAUCUCCAGAAGGACUCUUGACCAAUCAUGGGUGUCGGUCACUCCUGUUUCUGUGAUGUGCUGGUGUGUGUGGUCCUGCCUGCUGCUGCUCAGUUGGCUGGAAAAUAUUGGGCACUUAUUUCUCAUUAUCAUCUCCCUCAGUCACUACAGAAGACAUAUUGACUUAUUAUGCUGCCAAAUUUUUUAACAACUAGAUAUCAGCACAGGGUUUUAACAUUUCUUUCCUAAAGUUUAAUUAGUCUUUUCCCAUGCUCACAUGCAUUGCCUUUUUCCAUAGACUGAUUUGCUACCUUUGUUCCUUCCUUCUUUUUCAUCCUUGUUUUGUUAUUUUCUUCAAUCAACUUUAAUUUUCAGUUUAAUCUCAGUCGUCUUCCAGCGCGUAGCCGUCUGUCCAGAAGUAGCCAGUCAGUCAACCCUGUCGUUACGUCUGUAUGUGAGUGCUAUGUCGCCAUGAGCAGAGCACUUACCUGGCAUCACCUAUUCUGCGGCGUCUCCCGAUGUGUCCACGUUAGCAUAGCACGCAGUACACAGAGAAAUCAUCAGCUACAUUCUAUGCAGGCUAGUAUGUUGUGACACUGUCAGAAUCUUUACCUAGCUAGAGAACAUUUCGGGGUCACUGGGGUCGUGUCAGCUUUUUAUGUGGUUAGCAUAGCUCAGUAAUUUGAGAAAAUGUAAAAUAUUUAUACUAACCCUGUCAUCAGCAUGGGUGGUUGUACUUUUUAACACAUACAUGCAAGCAUGCGCACACACAGGGGCUCCUGUGGUGGGUAAUAAACACACACUUAGUGGCACUUACUAUACAGUACCUCCAGUUAUGUUACUGAUCAACACACAAGCAAGCCAACAAACACACACGCACUCACAUGUGAUGGUUUUCCUGGGGCGUGCAUGGCAGACACAGCCAGCUGAGGACUUUAAAGGGAUCGCGGUGGCACGGGGAGAGGAGAGCAGGACAAGAUGGAGAUGACAUGGUCACAGUCUGCCUUUUGACUUUGUGAUAUGUGCUACCUCCACUUGAACACACUGCACAAAUUCAAUAUAUAAACUGUUACAUUGAAGAUCAAUGUAAUUAUAUAAUCUUCUCCUCUUUCCUUCUUCCAGACAAGGACUAAUAACCCAACACAGACUUAUGAGUACGCAAUUAAUAAUGGACCAGUCGAAAAAAUGUGCUGAUGUGUGGAUAAAAAUUAGGCCAGUUCAUGAUGGGCAUGUGGAAAACCCACUUGUGUACAUAAUCUCUGGUUUGAAGAAUUUGUCAAAAAUGGGUUUAAAUUUUGUGAAGCAAGUUUAUGGCAGUAGCGAUGCUGGAACCUGCAAAGGUUCAUAUAAACCUUUUAGACUUUUAGCAGAUUACAACAGUAAUGAUCCUCCAUGUUAAUGUUGCUCUUUUGCAUAUGGAUAUUUAUGUCCACAGUUUGAUGGUCCAUUUUAAUCAAGCUCAUUCUCAGUCUGAGUCUUUAUUGGUCCUCGGUCAGAGAAGUGUGGGGUGGGGGGUACUGGUGGUGGGACUUGAUAUUUAGGGGAGGCCUGUGGCAUUUUUCAGUUUUUACAAAAAAAAAAACAAGUUGAAUUAUAAUUUCAUGAUCUGUAGAAUACAGAUUUGUGUAACGUAAAGCAUUUACUGCGCGGGUAAGUAGGUGAAGAGGUUUGAUAAUGCAAUAAAUAAGAGGGAACGCCUCCAGCUGUUAACAUACAGAAAUUAUUUUAUCAGCGUCUGGAAUUGAGUUAAAAAAAUGCUUAUUUGUUAUAAUCUAAAUAUGGAUCACAGGCUUUGUAUGCAUCCUCCACUCAAUAAUUAUUACUGAGAGUAGAACAUAUCAGAAAUUUGGGGGUAUUGAAUAACUUGAGUAAAUAUUGCACAACAUAGGAAAAAAAAACUUGAUAAAAAUAAUUUAAUGCUAAGUAACAGGUACCUAGACUUUGUAGUGCAAAAGGGAGGAAGAAGCAAUUUAUAUUGUAAGUAAAAAUAAAAACAAUAAGGUCAAGUGUUUGAGGUAUUCUUAGUCCAGAUGUUUGUACACUAGUAGGUUAAUUCUCAAAAAAUAUUGCGUAUUGCUGCUGUCCAAUGAAAGCUGUCUUUUAAAAUGGCCCUCAUCUUCUUGUGGUAAUCAAAUAGGUCAGAAAGGUUUCACACCGUGAUCUAUUAAGUUUUGAUUCAAAGCAUUCAAUCUAAAAUCAGGAUUUUCUUGCGACAGCAGUAAUAUUACUUGUCAUUAGCAUUUAUUUAACCAACCACUACUUUUGUCAGUAUUUCUCUAUUACAUCUAUUGUUUUCCUUCCCUCUGGUCAAUUGAGCAUUAUGGGUAUUCAUAAUAUUCAGGUGUAUUUCACUAUAUCAUUGGAUCUAUAGGUUUAAAAAAAUGCAGUAUAUUUAUAUAUCAAGUGGUACAGUAAUGUAUUUCUAGCUAAGCAUGGUUGCGUCAGUGUGGCAGCUACUGUUUGUGCUUUUAAUGUUUUUGUUUUUACCUCCUCUUUUGCAUCCCUGUUCUCUGCAUAUGUGUCACUGAGGGGUGGGAGGGAGGGUGGGCAUUUAUAAAAUUCGGCUGGCGCCUCUAAACAGGCCUGUCGCCAAAUUCCCACGUUUUUUUGCGAUGGCGGCUGGACUUUGCAGACGUCGGGAGAUGGAGGAAGAGCGGAUGCCGUCGAAAAUGUCACCACGGUGCUGGUGGACGCCGUAGAUGCUGUCCAUGUCUUUAGUGUUGACUGAUGUCUUGGAACCCCUCAGGCUCCACGCCCUUUGUUCGGUGCCAUUUGUUGUUCAGUAAAUAUUAGUUUCUUCUCCUCUUUAACUGCUAAAUUCUGAGUCCUUGUAACGUCUGACUUUCUGUGACUGUGUUUUCCUGUUGCUGUCCUAUUUCUCGCACUGUUAUUGAUGCAUAUUGCCUGUCUCACUUAUCUUUCAUACUGUAUUCUCCAUGUUGACCCUCUUUGUCCCACAUCUCCCUACAGUGGCUGUUUUGCAUCCCUUCACACAUUCAGUUAGUUUUUGUUACAUUCAGGGAUGCAAAAUAGCAACUGGUGAUUUCUGCUCUCUCAACUUUAUAUUGUUGUGCCAUUGGUCUGACCUUUGCAACCCCCUCACCUGAUCUGAAUAGCAUAAUAAUAAAAUAUGCUAGUCAUUAAGCUGGUGUUAUUAAUCUAGUGUAUCAUAGUCAACGAGCCUUUUUAAACACUAGGUGUCGCCACCAGCUAAGUCUGGAAGUGGCAGGUUUUGAACCAACAUGACAAAUUUGAAGGAACAGAACAUUUUAAAUAGAGGGAGUAUGUUUUUAGCAACAUUUUUAGAAAUGAUAGACACCAAGCUAAUGCUUUGUUUGUCCCUAUAGGAUGAGUUGAUCAUUUCAAGCUCCUACGGGCUGUGGACCAGUGCUUUUCUGACCACUGUAAUGCUGUUUAAAUGUGGAGGCUCAGUAGAAAGCCAGAACCAGAAAACUUUUGGGAUCUUUAAAAGAUGAGGAACUGGCACGGAGCUUCCUCGUUUCACUCCUCCUUCAUUCCUCAUGUCUUUUUAUUUCAUUUUGCAUUUCAGUGUAAAUGAACAGUCGGGGAGGGGAAUGCAAAGUUGUCUUAAUCUUUCCAUCACUGAACACUUUUUCCAGGAACAUUUCCAAACCUCAACAAUAGCUUCUGUUUAUUCUAAUCCUGCACCUCUUUCACGCUUCUCUCCUUCCGUCGGUCCCUCUCCCCUCUACUUUUUUGCCUUGCAGUUGCUAAGUCUUAAAACACUACUAUCCCAGUGAAUAGUAGGCUCUUAAAUGUGUUUGAUGUUCUGCUGCAGCUUUUUAAUUUCAAUUUGUCAGAUCUCUUGGUUUAAUUUGACACUAAAUGUGAUGCAAAAAGUGGAAAAUUCCUUGUCUUCCAAAAAAAGCGUACUUGCAUCCUCCACCCGGAUCAAGUAUUAGGAACAACCCCAUCUUUGGAAGUUUUAGUUUGGUACCCAGUUUGCACAUGCUAUGGUAUAUCUGUUACCGUAAGGUUGUGUUUGCAACUGAAGCCCAAUGUCUGUUCAGCGUUGAGAGAAGUGACUUGUAUGUUAGCUAUCUGGUCCGGAGUGAAGGACCUGCGUCAGGCUUGUGAUAUGAAGUGUAAAUCUGUUUUAAUUUUUGUUUUGUUUUGGUUUUUAAUGGUUUUUUUUAAAGAUCAGUUAGUGAUCUUAGUACUAUAACUAAGCCAAGUUUGUAAUUGUAUAUUUACUGUAAAAUGUAGAACAUUGAAUAACUAUUAAAAUUUUCCUAUAAAAGGA